UACAUAAUAUAUUAGAGUAGUUAGUCAUAUUUUAUAUAAGGGUGCAUUCGGGCGCGUUUUUUGUGGAGUCUAACACAGGAAAAAGGGGGAAAUGACAAUUUCCAGUUCUAGCUCAAACGGGUGUUAAACGCAGAAAGUCCGCUGAUAAUCCAACGCUGCAAAUUGCAGUGUUUUGGGGGAGCAAAACUGACCUAUUUGCACAUGCGUUAACAGCAGGGAGCUUUUUUUUUUAUCUUUUAAAUCUCUUUUUGAUUGCUCUUAAUUGUUUUGGCAUGCGUCAAAAGUAACGUUUGUUCUCUGCUUCUUUCACAGUUUAUUUACAAAAACAAAACUGAAAAGCUUGAUAAAAUAAAUUAUUCCAACGGAGGGCUACCCUAGAACCCAGAUUGUUACCUUAUUACAUUCCCCGCAUUCAUAUGUGAUCAUGGUGCCACUGCUUAUUCAUUUUAAAAUUCUAGUAAUUUGCUGUUUUUAAACUACCAUUGUCAAACGAAUGAAAGUUUAUUCAUGGUUUACGCCCAAAAUGCACAUCUGCGAUUUAUUGGGAAUUUGAAAGGCCUGCUUUAUGAUUUUUGUUGUUGCUUCUUCGGUCAUUCCAUUACUUGCUUUUGAGGCACCAACAUUAUGCAGUGGACCAACACCAAUGUCCAUUUUUUAAUUAAAGUGUGGGGUGACGCAAGGGUUUUUACGUCUGAAGUUAAUGGUUUUUUGAAAGCCAAAUUCUGCACAAACAGGUAGACCACCCGCGGAUCAAAUACUGGUAAGAACCCUUUGUACGUUUUCCCGUUCUCGCCUGAACACGCCCUAUAACAGAAUGAAGAAAAACUGAUUAGAGUACAGAGACUGAUAAAAAAAUAUUUGAACAAGAGCUAUCAGGAAGUAGUAGCAUCAGAGGAGCGUUGAUAAAUGCUCAAAAGUUAUUGAUAGCUUUCAAGCCAAAUAGCCAAGCCAAGUAUGUUUGCAAUGUCAACACGACUUUUGCACACAUACCGUUUCUAACAUCAGUCAGGGCUUAAUGGUGAAUUACACAUUGAACAAAGGUAAACAGCAGUCUGUUAUAUCAGCAAGAUGGAGGUAAUUAAAUCACUAGUAAUGUGUGGAAAAGUACCUGGAUGAACAAUGUACAACUGAAAUGAUUUUAAGGGUGAUAAUGACUGAGUAUGAUUUUAUGGAUGUACUGUCGAAAGGAUCAUUUUUCCAAUGGAUAGAGGGCAUAUGUUUAGAUUAUCCAGGAGAAAGGGUAGCGAAAGCAAACCUGCAUAUCCACCAAUUUUAUCUGUCACCAGAACCAAGUCAAAUGCCAGUGAUGGUGACCUCACAGGGAAGAGCAAGGGUGAGAGGACAAGAGCAUAUUCAGGAAAUAGAGAUGAAGGGAGACAAACAACUGACGAAUUUGAUUCGAUGGAUGGCCUAUCAUCGCACACUGCUGGCUCUGACAUUGGUGGUCUCGACAGCAUCGAUGGAACUCAUACACCGGACUUGGACCGGACGAGGAAUUUACGCGAGCACUAUCGACAGAAGAUAAAACGCAUCAAAGAACAGAUAAAAGCUGAACAGAAACAAAGUGAUGAGAAUGUAAAGGAGUAUUUAGAACUUGCAGAGCAUGCGGACAAAGCUCAGGUGGCGAGGAUUAAAUCUGUGUUUGAAAAGAGGAACCUCAAGUCUAAAAACACCAUGGACAACUUACAACGAAAGCUAGAAGGCUACUUAAAGAAGGUGCGAGACCUGGAUCAGAAUGGUUCCAUCGGACCUAGAAAACCAAUAGAAGUUUUACAUGGAGUACAACAGGGACUUCGAAAUGUCAAAGAUAACAUCAGUGACAGAGUGUCAGGAAUUGGAGGAGCUGUGCUAUCUCUGUCGCCCAAUAGAGGAACAGCUGACAAGGGUAGUGGGCGAUGGUCAACGGGACUGCAAGAAUUUACCCAAACAGCUGCUAGUGCUGUAGUUUCCAAGCCCAAAGAGCUUGCCAACAGAAUAAGUAAGAAGCGAUCGGGAAGUGUAGAUAACAUUGACAUUAUACAUGAUGAUGAUGAUAGUUCAGCUAGAGCAAAAUCAAAAACCAUGUGGUACACAGCACCACCAAUGUUAAAUUCACAUAGUGUCCACAGUGAGGACGGUGAUGAUGAUAAUUCAAGUUUAAUGUCUGGUUCUGCUGCCAAUGGUAUGACGUCAAGUGCAGAAGAAAGAGAGCCGUCCCCAACCCCAAGCAAGGUAUCACUACUUAAUGAGCAGAUUCAGGACAUGCAAACCAGUCAAAGGCACCUUCAGCAAUUAAUUGAGGAUUUACGAAUAGCACUAGACAACCAAAUGCAGUUGAUUUCUGACACAGUGCAAGAAUCCCAGUUUAAAUAUGAUGGCAUUGACGAGCAACUUUACGACAUAAACAAUCUCCACCACAGAGAACUCAUGGAUCUACGCCAGGUCGUGAGAUCCCUGGAAGAGAAGGUGGAAUACCAAGCCUCGGAGAGGGCACGGGAUUUUCAAGAUGCAAUUGGCCAGUGUCAAACAAGGAUAUCCAAGAUGGAGCUGGCACAACAGCAGCAGCAAGUCAUUACGCUGGAGGGUUAUCAGUACAAUGCUAACACUCGUGCCAUCGUGUAUAAGGUCACCAACUUUGUACUAGCCAUCUUAGCUGUUGUUUUUCUCAUCCUCUCAACAUUAGCUGGCAUAGUCGCACCAUUCUUUAAAACUAGAACAAGAGCAUUUCUGUCAAUUAUAUUUGUUGCGUUAAUUAUCUAUGCUUGGCAAAAACGUGAAUUAAUCGAGGAGGUAACUCAUUAUGGAUUGGUACAUUAUAAACACUUGUUCCAUGAUCAAGAACCCCAAGUGACAAAACAGCAAACAUAAAGCAAGAAGAUCUUAGUACCACAAUAAGUUAAUACGUUUGCAUUACCAACCAUGUAUUGGGAAGUUGCCAUUGUCAGAUGGAGAUGUGUUUAUACGGCUGUGCAAUUUAUUUACCAUGUAUUAUCAUUGCGAUUGUUUUCAACAUGAGAUUAUGAAUGGUGCAAUUGUCUUCAGCGCAGUGUUUUUAAGGACCAUGUGUAUUUUUAUUGACCAUGCAAGUGUUUUUGGACACUAUAUUGGCUAUGCAAGUGUCUUGCAGGAAGUUUAUAAGCCAUAAUGUCUUGAACCGUAAAUCAUACAUGCAUGAAUGAUGUUUAUGGACCAUGUGAUUGCCUUGAAUGAUGUUUAUGAGCCAUACAAUUAUCUUCAAUGGUCUUACUAGCCAUGCAAUUGUCUUGAAUGAUGUUCAUAGGCCAUGCAAUUGUCUUCAACGGUCUUAAGGGCCAUGUGGUUAUCUUGAAUGAUGAUUAUGAGCCAUUCAAUUGUCUCCAAUGAUGUAUGUGGACCUUGAGUCAUUUUAAACAACAUGUAUAUCAACAGUGUCAUGUACUUAAACACAGAGUUUAUUGGCCAUGCGAAUGUCCUGAGUGGUGUUUAUGGGUCAUGCGGUGCGGUGACUCAUCUUUUUUUGGCCAUGUGAUAAACGAUAGUGAUUAAGCAUUCCAUUCAAUCCCAUUCUAUUUUAUGAUAUAUGAUUUUAAAAUUUUGAAGGAAAAAAAUUGCCACAAAUAAUAAUACUGCCUGUGCUGGAAGUGUAAUUGUAAGAACAAACUUGGCAAAGCAUUGUAAUAAUAUAAUAAUAAUAAUGAUGAUGAUGAUGAUGUAUUGCGUCUUUAAAUAUAGUGUACAUAUAUUAUUUGUAUAAUGUAAAGAAUUCGCUAUACUACUAACAAUACAUUUUUUUUUUACAAAGAAAUUUAAAAAAUACAUCCCUAGUAUUAUUUGAAUGUUUUACAUUUGAGACCCUUUCUGCUCUAUAAGGCUUGGGCUGUUGAUUGUUGAAAUCUUCAAUUCUCUAUUUAACCCUUUCCAGUCUGCCCCAUUACCAUUGCCUGAGGCUGUACCAAACCUGAGAAAUUACAUCAUCUACACUAAAUGUCGGUAUUUUACUGGGCGAAGCAUUUUAUUUGGUCUGAAUACAGGAGGCCCUCUACAGAAAUACUCAUAAAUUCUAUAGAGGGCAGCAUAGCUAUAAAAAAAAUAGCAUGAAAGCUAUACAGGGCGUACGUACGACGCCCCUUGCUAUAAAGUAUGGUGAAAGGAAUAUACUAUUAAGAAUAUACUAUUAUUACCAUAUUUAUUAUUACAUUAUUAUUAUCAUUAUUAUUACAUAUUAUAAUUGCUAAUAUUGUUACACAUUAUUAUUAUUGUUAUGAUAAUGUUGCUAUAUUAACUAAUAUUUAUAAUAAAAUUAGGAUAGAUUAGACAAUGUUAAUGCAAGAUUUCUAAAUUGAUUAAUUUUAUUUUUCUACAAUUUAAGAUAGUGUUUAUUAAUUAUAAAUUAAUUCUAAAUUAAUUAUAAUAGUAUGCAUUACCAUGCUCAUUUCAGAUUCAAAAAGCCUUGAAUACUCAAAAUAGAAUUUGAAAUUGAUGAGUUCUUCAUAAGCUGUUUAGUUUGAUAUCAUUUUAUUGUACAAUUUCUGUAAAUGCUCUUCUAUAUAUUCAUAGUUGUAUAAGAAUAAUAUUCCAAAAUGUAUUUUUGUUUCCCAAAUGUUUAAAAAUGAUAACCUAUAAUCAAUUUACCUAUUGUAAUGCAAAUUCUUACUAAAUUAUAUUUUUUUUCAAAAGUGUAGCAUUUAACAAUAUUAAAAACCAAUUGUUUAGAUAUUUUAGUUAAAACAAGUGGAAGAAAUUGGUGCAGAGGUUGUGAUUUGGUCUUCCAACUCAACGGUUGGGGUUUUAUUCCCACUCAGGCUACUUGCGUUGUUUGGGAAAGGCACUUUCUAUAUUAUCUCCGCACAGAGUAUAAGUAUGUAUCUGGUAGGUUAGAAUAUGAACGCACUGAGUACUCGCUACCACAUUUAUGGGAUGCUCGGCAUGGAAAGUAAUAGUGUGUUUUAUAGUUGUUCUGAUGGAACAGCUAUGGUAAUAAUGUGAAGAGCCUGGACUGCUUGCCAAUGUGAAUCUCUUGAAUUUGGAUGUUGAGACUUAUAUGCAAGCAGGAGUUGCAACUUACUUUUGGUGUCUUGUUGAAAAAUAUUUAUAGAGAGUGAAAAUUUAUAGUUUCUACAGUUUAGAUUUUUCAUUUUAUUGUAAUUUGCAAGAUCUGCUUUCCUUUGCAAAUUUGAGAACAUGAAGCUGAAUGUCUGUGCCUGAUAAUGUGUAGAACAAGAAGUAUUUUUGUAGCCUUGAUUAUACCCAUUGUGCAACGUAGAUGAUAGGGUCAAAUCGAUAAUGACUUUUAGAAAAAUUAAUGCAAUACAUGUGAAACUGUUUUGACUGCAUUGUGGUUGGUUGAUGUUGACAAAUGAGGGAGCUUUGUCUCUUGUGAGUUAUGACAUGCUGUGACGAUAUUUGAGUGUCAGAUAACAAAAAUUGUUAUCAAUGUUUUUUUAACAUUUAAAUUGCAAUAUGGAAUUUGGACCUUUCCAAAGAGUCAAUCAAGACAAACUAAUUGACCAAUGAAAAUAUGCUAUUUAGUCGGCAUAUUUUCGGGAAUUUGUGUACGUCCCACAAACAGUUGUAGCGUGUGAAUUGCGUAAUCUCAGCAGAGGUGUAUCUAGGGGUGCGCGGGCGCGCACACCCCUCCAAAAGUUAUUUGUCUCCCCCAGGCACCACCAAAAAAUCAUGGUCAAGUUGUUAAAAAGCACUAAAAUCACCUUAUUAUGCGAGUAAGCACCCUCUCAACUGAUCGUCGAGCCCCCACUUCACCAUCUUCCUGCUUCCUCCCCCCCCCCAUACCCCCACUACAAUACUCCUAGAUACGCCACUGCAUCUCAGCACAGCUACUAUUCAAAGUUACUUGGACCGAUGGAUGCUAUUAUAAAUUUUGAAAAUAAUAGUGAUAUACAUAUCAGAUUAUUAAUAUAAUGAUGACAGGAAUAUAUUAUAAAUGUAUGCUCUUCUAAUCUACUUUUAUUAAAUAUUUUUAUUCUAUGUUUUUUUUUUAUAUGUAUUAAAUAGUUGUAUUAAAUAUUUUGUUAAAUAUGAUUUUCUGCAGUUUCAAAAGUUUUCAAUAGUGGCCUACAUGUGGGAAUUACUGAAGAGAUUUGAUUCUUGUGUUUUGGUUACUCCAGUGUAUGGUACAUUGUCAUUGGUGGCUCAUAAUUUUUUACCCAUCCCUCUGCAGUGCUAAAGCUCCAAAGUGGAAGAUGUGUCCCCAUUUCAUAUAUUAAGAACCCUCAUUUUAGCAUUUGUAUGCUUGCAAUUAGAAUUCAGUGAACUUGCUUUACUUCAGCACAAAUUUGCGCAAGUGUCACUGAAAAUUGCCAGUGAAUGUAUUUUCUCAUGAUAAAACUCUUUUAAUGUUCAGCUUCAGAUAUUAUGUUAUAUUUUAGUAUUAUUAUAUUUAAUCGAAAAUAUUAAUUGUUAUAAUUAUUUAUUGAUGUAGUUUUAUAAAUUUAUUAACCCGAAUCGUGUAAAAAUGAGAGAGCUAUAAAAUGAGCAUUGGUAGAAAUAUAUGAUAGCUUACAUUCCAUUAAUAUGCCUAUUAGAAUAAAACACCCGUGAGUGAUAUUAAUAACUCUA